UGAAGUGUGUCAAGGGGGAGGGUUUAACAGUCAGCAGCAGCGUGUUCUACUUUCUACACCACAACGAGCUGCUGUCUGUCGCAGUGUGCUGAUAUGUUUUUUAAAGUGUGGAAUUGAUCAAAUUCACAAAAUGUACAAAGGACUGCUAUUUUUCACUGUCAUAUACAGUGUGAAUGGGUUCAACAUUCAAAUAAAUCCAGUGAAGCAUUUUACAAAUGAGGAUCCACUCUUUGGGCAAACGGUUGUCCAAUCAAAAGAUGGAAUUUUUGUUCCUUCCCCAACAAAUGGAAAACUUUACAGGUGCACUCUAAAGAAUGAGUGCGACAAAGUAAAUUUUAACGAUGAAAAACCAAAAGGCCUGAGACCUGUGGCAUCCGUAGCUUCUGCCAUGACAUCAGAAGAAGAGCAGUUUGUGAUGUGUAAUCAGGUUCGCACAAAGAAGUCAAUAACUGAGGAUUUGAAUGGAAAUUGCCAACAGAUAAGUGAUGCUGGGAAAGAAGACCUGAAUCCUGCUAAAUUAGUCAACAACAACAACAACAACAACAAUCGAGGUAGAAGAAUCGAUCAAGUUAAACGGAGGAUGAGAAGAGAAGCCCAGCCGGAUAGUGACACGAAAACAGAUGAAGAUGAGGAUGAAGACGAUCCUGGGACAGAGAUUGCUUUUGUGCUGGAUGGCUCUGGUAGCAUCACCGCUGACGACUUUGAGAGAGCCAAAGACUUCAUCUACAAUGUGAUGUUAAAUGUUUGGAAAGCAUGUUUCAAUUGUGACUUUGCAGUAGUGCAAUAUGGUGACGUGAUCAGGACAGAGCUCUCACUUCUAGACAAUGCAGACGGUGCCAGAACCUUGCAAAAGAUUAAGGAAAUACAGCAAAUUCGUAAAGUCACAAUAACUGCCUCAGCCAUCCAUCAUGUCCUUACACAGAUUUUCAUCCCUGAGAGUGGAUCAAAAAAUAACUCUAAAAAAAUAUUAAUUGUUUUGUCUGACGGGGAAAUUUUGGGAGACACAAUGAAUCUUUCUGAUGUUUUGAACAUGCCACAAAUGAAAGAUAUCAAUCGCUAUUCCAUAGGAGUUGGUGAUGGUAUUCUGUCUAAACCUCAAGCAAUAAAAGAGAUGACGGACAUAGCAGAUCCUGGUCAGUUUUUCAAUGUUUCCAAUUAUGCUGCAUUAGAUGACAUUCUGUCCAAACUGGAGAAAAGUAUAGUUGGGGGUGAAGGCAUUCACCAAGGUGAAGGAUUUCGGUUCCAGCUCGCAGAAGCUGGAUUCAGCUCCCAUAUCAUGCAGGAUAAAUCUGUUCUUUUUGGAGCAGUUGGUGCCUAUGACUGGAGUGGUGGGGUCAUUUUGAAAUCUGAUGACACUGUGACAUUUAUGAAUGACACUGAUAAUGGACCCAAAUUUUCGUAUUUAGGUUAUAGCGUCACUUCUGCUCAAUUAUCCGAUAAAACUCUUUACAUAUCUGGUGCACCACGGUAUAAUCUGACUGGUGGAGUAUUUAUUUUUGAUGGCUCCGAAAAGUAUGUGCUCCAGGGAGAUCAGGUUGGAUCUUACUUUGGAUCAGUUCUUUGUGCCUUGGACAUUAAUAAUGAUGAUGAUAAAAUCACAGAUUAUCUAUUAGUUGGAGCACCACAUUUCUAUCGAAAUGGGGAGGAAGGCAAAGUGCUAGUGUACAAAUUGAAUCAGCAGGGCAGGUUUGAGAGCGUGGCCACGGAGCUAAAGCAUGACGAGGGACAGACCUUUGCAAGGUUUGGUGCAGCCAUUGCCUCUAUAGGAGAUAUUGAUGGGAACAGUUUCAAUGAUGUAGCAGUAGGCGCACCUCUGGAAACAGAUUCCUCGGGAAGCAUUUACAUUUACAAUGGAUUCAAAGAUGGCCUUCAGGUGGCCUUUUCACAAAAAAUUUCACCCUCAGAUUUUGGAAUGAAACUUAUGCAUUUUGGUCAGUCAGUAAGUGGUGUUCCUGCCUCGCCACCAAAUAAGCCCUACAUCGCUGUUGGAAGUCAAGGGAGAGUGACUGUUUUUGAAACUAUCCCUGUUGUGGUUAUCAAACCAGUUAUAACAGUUACUCCAAAAGAAAUUUCACUGACUCAACAGAUGAGCAAGCUUGACGUCAUUUUCAGUGUAUGCUUUGAAGUGAGAAAGGGAAAACUUCAAGCUGAAGAAACACUUCCUCUUCAUUACCAAAUUGACUUGGAUUCUAAUGUAGUCAAAAAGCGUAUCAUUGCUGGUAACAGCGAUGUCUUAAAACAAACUUUUACUUUGAUGCCAGCGGAAGAGUGCACACGUAUCGACCUUCAAUAUUUGGGGUGUUCUGAUUGUUUUUCACCUAUUAAAAUCAAGCUGGAUUUUUCAUUGGCCCCCCACCCAAAUGGAUCCCCUAUCCGAAUUCUUGACGUAUUUACUCCAAAUGAGGUUGUAAAGGAGAUUUCCCUUGAAAAUGACUGCAAUGCUGGAGAUUGUAAACCAAGUAUUACAUUAUCUGAUUCAAAAAUUAGUGAAACUAUGAUCAUAAUUGGAGAAACUCAAAGCUUGAAUAUCAACUUCACUCUUACGAACACUGAAGACCCUUCCUAUAUGACCACCCUGACUUUGACCUACCCCAGCAUACUCAGUCAGAAGAAGAUAGAAGGUGCCCCCUGCCCCGUGAAGAAUGACAAUCAGAUACAGUGUAAUAUUCAACACCCUGUUUUCAAAAGAGACACGCAGACCAACCUCUUCAUCUCCUGGCAGCUCAAUGACAAUGACUUCAAAACUGAGUUGAGGAAUUCUGAGAUUAUCGCUAAUCUAACCAGUCAGAAUCAAAUCUCUCAGCCUCUGGACUCAAAAAUAUAUGCAUUUAAAGUGAUGUAUUCCCUACCAAUCCAGCUGACUGGCACAGCCUUCCCGAAUAGACUCCGUAUUGAAGAGGGGGCAAAAGCAGAGACUCAACCGAUGAAGUUUGUAUUUCAGCUUGUAGGUGAAAACAAGUAUGGCGCUGCAAUCCAUGUAGUUGUAAACAUAACAAAGGACACGUACAAAACCGAUCUGCACAUCAAAAGUGUCACACCAGAGGAGUGUGUCUGGCCAAAAGAUAAAGUGGAGGGACCCUAUACCAUCAGAUGUCCCAUGAAAAAGCUGCAGGAAAUCUCCAUUGAUGCCAAUGUUUUGAUACAUGAUGUUCAGGAAAAAUCAGAAAAGAUCACUGCCGUUGGAACAUUCAGCUUUGAUGAGACCGUCUAUGCUCUGAAGGGUACUUCAAGGACCGUUACGAUGGAGGUGAUGAUUUCGAAGCUGGCUGUGACAUCAUCUAAAGGUGCCAUCAUUGGAGGAUCCAUAGGAGGAUUUCUGUUCCUUUUAAUCAUUAUUAUCAUUCUCAUAAAGUGUGGCUUUUUCCGUCGCCGCCAUAAAGUGGACCAAGCACAGAGUCCACACUGAAGACUGCCAAAGCCCAGGACGGAAUAUAUAUUCUCAUAUAUAUCUUGCUUACAUUUGUGUCAAGAAAUUGUUGUUUUUGAGAUAAAAGUUAUCUUGUUUAUUGUAAUAUCAAUUUAGUAUUAAGACGCUUUUAAUGACUUAUGUAUUUAAUAUCGUAUGUACAGAAAGAAUGUUAGAGAAAAUCUCUAUAUAAAUAAAUGUAAAUCCUAAAAAUCCCAUAAUCAAGGCACUAAUUUCUUGCCUGGACGUAGUGUGCAGAAACUGAUUUGAUGAGACCCCAAAGUCCAAAUUUUAUGAGAAUCAUCUAAAAACAUAGUUGAAUUUAAAAAUGAAAUCUAUGGUAACACAUUUGAAAACCAUUUUGGUUGCAAAAAAAAAGAAAAAAAAAAGUUGUUUUUGGUGUUUUGUUCUUACCUGGUUUAAGAUGAUUCCCCAGUACAGUCAAUGUAGUGUUUAACUGAUUGACUGACUCUUCUGACAAGUUUAAAAGUGCUUAACCUCAUCUAAAACCAACAAAUGUGCCAGCCUAACCAACUUGACCAGUCUGGGAGACCAGCAGAGACAUAAUACUCAUUUGAAUUUGGAUAUAACUAGCUGUCAAACUGCUCUAUGUGGUGUACACAAUCACAUACACACAGCAGGUAAUGUGAUAUGUCCUUGUAUGGAGCUCUCUCACAUGUCUGGCUAUGUUUAGGCUUACAUCUGACAAAUGAAUGUCACAGGACAACAUACAAAGAUUAUAUCUCAAAGUUUUAAAAUGGUGCUUAAUUAUAAUAUACAUAAUAAUACGUUAUGUACAAUGCCAAUGCCACCACUGUUGAGUGAACUGGUGUUUGGGGUGAACCAUAAUAGCUGAACAGAUUAAAUGCCACAAAUAAAAUGUCAUGGAAAUAUGUUUGUAUUUUUUUGUAUGUGUUUAUUAAAUGUUUUUUGACAUACA